GGUAAUUUUACAAAUUCGUUACGCUAAAUCUCGUUUGUAUCGUGACACCUAUCGCUUAACAUUUAUACUUUUUAUCGGGCGACAAUUUUUUAAUGAUGAAUUUACGUUAGUCAUAAUAAUAAAAUGGAAAACGACCCGAAUAACACAACGGCGGGUCGCGAGACUGGGCGAUGUAUGUCGGUGGCUGCGAUGCAGGCGCUACACCGGUUGCGCGAGUGUCGGCUGCUGUGCGACGCGAUAGUGCGUGCGGAUGACGGCGCCGCUUUUCCAGUCCACCGCGCCAUACUCUCGGCCUGCAGUCCAUACUUUUUGGCACUUUUUACAACAACACUACACUCGCGCGAGCAAAGCGAUGUGCUAAUAUCGGGCGUGGGUUCAGAAAUUCUUCUACUUUUAAUCGAAUACGCUUACCUGCGACGUAUUGAAGUUACUGACAUCAACGUAUACGAGCUCCUAAUGACAGCCGAUUAUCUCGCCUUCCUUGGAGUACUUCAGCUCUGUUGCGAUCACCUCAGAGGCUCUCUUAACCCUAAAAAUUGCCUGGGUAUUAUGAUGUUUGCCAGACGGGUAUUUUGCUAUAAAUUAGAGGCCGAUUCUCGUAGAUAUUUGUUGCGUUACUUUGUGACUGUGGCGACCCAGAGCGAUGAGUUCCUUCACCUGCCAAUUGAUGAACUAAACAGUAUCAUACUAGAAGAUGAAUUGAAUGUUAAGAGCGAGGAGGUCGUAUGGGAGGCUGUUUUACGUUGGGUCAACUAUGACCCUGAUAUACGUUGGCAUCAUACCGUUAAACUUAUGGGCAGCAUAAGACUUGGCUUAUUGGAUACACAAUUCUUUUUAGAAAACGUCAAGGAUCAUCCAUAUGUGACAGGAAACGAAAGCUCACGCCCUAUUAUUAUUGAAACUCUUAAGUUCCUUUACGACUUAGAAAUGAUUGCUCAGCGAGACGGUGAAGUGGCUACACCAGAAAUUGCACGACCGCGUGUUCCACAUGAGGUAUUGUUUGCAAUUGGUGGAUGGAGUGGCGGGUCACCGACGGCCUUUAUUGAGACGUAUGACACACGAGCAGACCGUUGGAUAAAGGUAGAAGAAGUAGACCCAGCUGGUCCUCGUGCUUACCACGGCACUGCUGUGUUGGGUUACUGUAUCUACGUCAUAGGCGGAUUCGACGGAAUGGACUAUUUUAAUUCUUGUCGUUGCUUUGACGCGGUUACCAAAAACUGGCGGGAGGUAGCACCCAUGAAUGCGCGUCGUUGUUACGUGUCUGUGGCAGUGCUGGGUGAAACUAUAUAUGCAAUGGGUGGUUAUGAUGGUCAUCAUCGUCAGAAUACAGCUGAACGAUUCAAUCACAGGACCAAUCAGUGGUCAUUGGUGGCGCCUAUGAAUGCUCAGAGAUCAGAUGCGAGUGCAGCAGCUUUAGAUAGUGAGAAUAAAAUUUAUAUAACGGGGGGAUUUAAUGGCCAAGAGUGCAUGAACAGCGUGGAAGUAUAUGAUCCUGAAACCAAUCAAUGGACGAACUUAGCACCUAUGCGCUCGCGCCGUUCUGGCGUCUCCUGUAUAGCUUACCACAAUAAGAUAUACGUGAUAGGCGGUUUCAAUGGCAUCUCGAGGAUGUGCAGCGGUGAGGUGUACGACCCCAACACGAACACAUGGUCGCCGGUUCCAGACAUGUACAAUCCACGGAGCAACUUCGCCAUCGAGGUUAUUGACGAUAUGAUUUUCGCUAUUGGCGGAUUCAAUGGAGUCACUACUAUUUACCACGUCGAGUGUUACGAUGAGAGAACUAAUGAAUGGUAUGAAGCCACUGAUAUGAAUAUCUACCGCUCCGCAUUAUCAGCAUGUGUGAUCAUGGGACUUCCAAACGUUUAUGAUUACAUCCAUAAACACCGCGAGCGUCUCAUGGAGGAGAAACGCCAGAAGAUCUUAUUGUCAGAGACCGCGCGCCACGGCCAGCAUCGCACCGCAUUACCUGAUGUACAUUUGAUCGAAGACAAUGAUGAUAUGCUGGAGCAACUUGGACUGAUAGAAAACCAAGCAAACAACGACGUCCCUGUCCCGCCUCCGCCGCCACCACCUCAGCCAAUGGAGCAGGAUAGGCAUUAAUACGCCAUUAAAUAUUAACCAUCACACCUAGCAUAUCGAUAUACAAAUAUCUUACCUAAAUAGUUCGACGUUGGAAUGAAGCUAUUUAGAAAUCAAUAAGUAAAAUUCUUGUGGAAUUAAUACGAUGUUAAAGAUUAUUAUUUAUAAAAUAUUUACACAUAUUUAGCGCUUUUGGCAUAUUUUAAUAUGAUGACUUUUCAUAAUGUGAAUCAUUUCUGUAUUUUGGAGUAGUUUUUUUUAAAUGUUUUAAAUUUUUCGGACAAGUAUACGAUUUUAAGUUGAUAAUUUUUUGUUUUAUUUAAUGCUGUCUAAUAACAUAUUUAAAAAUACAUCAACAUAUAUUUAUCUAGCUUUUAUUUCGUAAUCUCUGACUAUUUUUAUCAAAAUUAAAUAAGUAAAUUAACUACUAAGAAAUCUGUUAAUUUGUAAAGAACUAAUAAGAAGAUCAUUAUUACAAAGAUAAUGUAAUAUGCU